AUGGCAAACGACAUUGAGCAUUAUGUCAAGACCUUUGGGAACCAAACCUGCACAAACCCAGGCGGACAUGAAGAUAAAGCCUCAGUUGGUCUCAGCGAUGGACAGCAGGUUCAGCCCACCCAGAGGCUGGAGAAAAAACACCGUUGUGACAAGUGUCUGAAACAUUUCAGAUUGAAGACGUAUCUGAAAAUUCAUCAACGCAUUCACACUGGAGAGAAGCGCUAUCUCUGUGACCAGUGUGGAAAAGCUUUCAUUCAGAAGGGUGAUUUUAAUAAACAUCAGCGGAUCCACACUGGAGAAAAGCCUUACAGCUGCGAUCAGUGUAAGAAGAGAUUCAAAAGUUCCUACAAUCUGAAGUAUCAUCAGCACAUCCACACUGGCGAAAAGCCUUACAGCUGCAGUCAGUGUGAGAAGACAUUCAGAGGUCUGUCAGCACUGAAGAAACAUCAGCGAAUCCACACUGGUGAAAAGCCUCACAGCUGCAGUCAGUGUGAGAAGACAUUCAGAGAUCUGUCAGCACUGAAGAAACAUCAGCGAAUACACAUUAGUGAAAAGCGCUAUCUCUGUGACCAGUGUGAAAAAGCUUUCAUUCAGAAGGGUGAUUUUAACAAACAUCAGUGUAUCCACACUGGAGAAAAGCCUUAUAGCUGCAGUCAGUGUGAGAAGAGAUUCAAAAGUUCCUACAAUCUGAAGUGUCAUCAGCGAAUCCACACUGGUGAAAAGCCUUAUAGCUGCAGUCAGUGUGAGAAGACAUUCAGAGAUCUGUCAGCACUGAAGAAACAUCAGCGAAUCCACACUGGUGAAAAGCCUUAUAGCUGCAGUAAGUGUGAGAAGAGAUUCAGAACUGGGUCAGUGUUGAAAUAUCAUGAGCGAAUCCACACUGGUGAAAAGCCUUAUAGCUGCAGUCAGUGUGAGAAGACAUUCAGAGGUCUGUCAGCACUGAAGAAACAUCAGCGAAUCCACACUGGUGAAAAAGCCUGAUCCACAUAAGACAGCAGCAACAUCUGGAAUGUGAGGGAACU